AUGGUCGGCCGACAGAACACGCGCUCCUCUCACGAUGGAGCAAGGUCAACGCGCACCUCGAAGCGCUAUUCCAUGACGGCUUUGUACCUGUCUAUGAAUGCCAACCCGCGCGAACUCGAGAUUGAAGAUGAUCUUGCCCGCGCCCAAAAAGUGCUUCGUGACCUCAAAUCGAGGAUUUCGUCCCAGUCCAAGAAGAACUUUGUGUUGGAGAAGGAUGUGCGAUACCUCGACUCGAGAAUUGCAUUGCUUGUGCAGAACCGCAUGGCUUUGGAAGAGCGCAACGAAGUCGCCGACCACCUUGACGAAUCCGAUGAACUGACCGAGGGUGCAUUUCCCAACGACGACAAGACGCAAAAAUACGGCAAUCUGUUGUUCCUACUACAGUCCGAACCGAAACACAUCGCCCACCUGUGUCGUUUAGUCACGCUAGCCGAAAUCGACCAGUUGCUACAGACAGUCAUGUUCACCAUCUACGGAAACCAGUACGAGAGCCGCGAAGAGCACUUGCUGCUCACCAUGUUCCAGUCUGUCCUGACGUACCAAUUCGACAACACGCCCGAUUAUUCCUCUCUUCUUCGUGCCAAUACGCCCGUUUCCCGCAUGAUGACUACGUACACACGCAGAGGUCCUGGUCAAGGUUACUUGAAGACGGUGCUGUCCGAACAAAUCAACUACGUUACCAGCAAGCUGCGCGAUGUCGACCUCGAGAUCAACCCGCUCAAAGUAUACGAGACGAUGAUGGCCGAGCGUGCUUCUGUCCGCGGUUCUACUUCGAGUCUGCCCCCUGGUGGCAUCACUGCCGAAGAGGCCGCUGUGAACCCCCAGGUCCAAGCCAUCAUCAGCCGCAGGGUCGGUCAAUUGAUCCAGCUUGCCAACUACUUCCUCGACACGAUCGUCAAUGGAAUGGACGAAACACCAUAUGGUAUUCGAUGGAUAUGCAAGCAGAUUAGGAGUCUCUCGAGGAGAAAAUACCCGGAUGCCCAGGACCAGACAAUCUGUACCUUGAUCGGCGGUUUCUUCUUCCUGCGUUUCAUCAACCCCGCCAUAGUCACUCCCAGGUCGUAUAUGCUUAUUGAGCAGAACCCUGCUGAGAACCCCAAGCGCACUCUUACUCUGGUCGCAAAAAUGCUUCAAAACCUGGCUAACAAGCCCUCUUACGCCAAAGAACCGUACAUGGCCGUGCUUCAGCCUUUCAUUCAGCAAAACAAAGAGCGCAUGAAUAAGUUUCUGCUCGAUUUGUGCGAGGUCCAAGACUUCUACGAAACACUCGAAAUGGACAACUACGUCGCUCUCUCCAAGAAAGAUCUCGAACUGCCUAUAUCGCUCAACGAAGUUUACGCUAUGCACGCACUUCUCGAGAAACACACUCAGGAGUUGGUGGUUAGAGACGAGGGCUCACACCUGAAGAUUCUCUUGCAAGAUCUGGGUCCAGCACCAGCACAACUACCGAGGAAAGAGAACCGUGCCAUCAACCUCCCACUGUACAGCAAGUGGGAGACGGCACUCGACGACUUGACGGCCGCACUCGACAUUACUCAAGAGGAGGUCUUCUUUAUGGAAGCCAAAUCGACAUUCGUCAUGAUUCUGCGCUCUCUGCCUGCGAAUGCCGUGGUUGCUCGACGACCGCUUCGUCUUGACAGAGUCGCUGAAGCAGCUGCCACUACAAAGAACGACUCGGUCAUGGUGCGCAAGGGUAUCCGUAGCAUGGAGCUACUAAGCCAGUUGAACGAUAUGGGCGCAAUCGACAAAGCGGACAACUACGCCUCCCUCCGCGACGAAGUUGAACAAGAACUGAACCACCUUGGCUCAUUGAAAGAGAAGGUCUUGACUGAGAGCCAAAAGCUCGAAGAAGUAUACCAGACGAUCCGGGACCACAACGCAUACCUUGUCGGGCAGCUCGAGACUUACAAGUCGUAUCUUCACAAUGUCAGAGGACAGUCCGAAGGAACGACCAAGCGAGUGCAGAACCAAAAAGUGCUCGGGCCGUACAAGUUCACGCACGCACAGCUGGAGAAAGAAGGCGUCAUUCAGAAGAGUAAUGUGCCGCCGAAUCGACAAGCGAACAUCUACUUCAACAUGACCAGCCCAAGUCCGGGAACAUUUAUCAUCUCUCUGCACUACAAAGGUCGUAAUCGCGGAUUGCUGGAACUUGACCUGAAGCUCGACGACUUGCUCGAGAUGCAAAAAGACAGCCAAGAAGAUCUCGAUCUCGAGUAUGUGCAGUUCAACGUGUCGAAGCUGCUCGUCCAUCUCAACAAGAAGUUCGCACGGAAGCGAGGCUGGUAG